AUCAAAAUUUAGAAAAUCUUCUUCAAGAUGAUGCUGUUGGUGUAUUACAAAUAGUUUUUAAUCAUGAUAUAUGUGAAUCAUUCCGUGAAUACUGUAUUUAUCUUAUAUGUCUCAAUCCCGAUGCAUUAUUUAACAACCCGCGAUUAACUCAAUUGGAUCGUUCCACUUUAUUUUUUAUUUUGCAACGUGAUGAUAUGGGAAAAUUAAGCGAAAAAAAGAUUUAUGACUGUCUAAUUAAAUGGGGGGCUGCACAACACGAAGCCACUAUGUUAAGGAGUAUAAUGACCUGGACAAGUCGAGAAUUCGUGAUUUUUGAGAAGUCUAUUGAUGAUUUUAUUCCUUUAAUUCGUUGGUUUACGAUAUCUUCAAAAGACUUUAAUCAAAUUCGGUACUUUUUAGAAAACGUCUUACCAAAUAAUUUAUAUCAAAAACUUGUAGAUUAUCAUCUUGAUCCUAAUUCAUUACUAAAUGAAAAGAAUAUUUUGCCAGACAGAUAUUUACCAUGUACAUUCCUUCUUAAACCACGGCACUUUAAAAUUUUUGAAAGUUGGAUUGAAGAAGGCGAUAAAAAUAAAGGCUUUUUUCCCAAAUUAUUUAAUUCAAAUACAACAAAUGAGAAUGAAGAACAUUCUGAAUCAAUGACUUUAAAUGUGAAACCUAGUCACUUUUCAGAUAAUAAUCUUUAUGAUUUUGUUCUACUUUAUCGUGGAACGGAUAAUAAUUUUAACGUAGAAGAGUUUCAUAACUCAUGUGAUAAUAAAGGUCCAACAUUAACAAUUAUAAAAACAUCUAAUGAACGUAUUUUUGGUGGCUAUAAUGGUUCAAAGACUGAAAAUCAUUAUAUUGAGAGAAUAGUAUCAAGAAAAAAUUUCUUAUUUUCUUUUCAGGAUCAAAAUGAUUUUAGUACUUCUAAAUUGGCACGUGUUAAAAAGAAUAGUUGGGUUUCAGAAUAUCAAUCAGAUUACGGUCCAUGUUUUGGUUGUAAUAAGAAUAAUUUUGACAUGUAUAUUAAUUCUAAAAACUUACAUAUUUCAAAGUCUAAUAUUUAUCCUAACUUAAAGAACUUUUACCCUAAUGAAAAGAACUUUGUUUCACUAAACUCAGCUCAUCUUAUAAAGGAUUAUGAAGUUUGGCAU